AUGACCGAACUAAAAGAACGCCGCUACCUCAUUCGCCGGCCCCAGGCUCUUCAAUAUUUUUACCGAGGCGAACUCAAGAAGCUUCAGGAGAAAGAGCGCGUCGCUGGCCGCUUCGAGUUGUUUUUGGAUUUGCUAUGUAUGUACGUCCCUAUUGUAUCUGCUGUCUCUUUGUCAGUCUCGAAGGGGUUGAAACUGAAAGUCGAUAUUAAUUUGUUGCAAUUUAUUGUAGAUGUUGCUAUCAUUGCCAAUUUCUCAGACAGCCUUGCGGAGGAUGCGACGCCUCAAAAUCUCGUCAAGUUCAUACUCAUUUUUGCUCCGGCAUGGCAUGCCUGGGCCGAUGCCAAAGAGAACGCCAACAACUACUACAACGACGACGUGCUGCAGCGCGUCGGUGUCCUCUGGGUCAUGGCCUUACUGGUGGUCUACGGCAACAAUGCUAACCUUGUCACCGAGGAUAUUGGAGCAAUAAGACUUACCGUGGCCACGUACAUGGUGUUGCGAUUCUCGCAGAUCUGCCUCUAUGCCCUGUACAGCAUCGCGAGCCAUCACCACCGAACGCAGAAUCGGGCAUAUUUCCUGGCCAUUCUCGUCGGAUUGUGUAUUUGGAUCCCCCUUCUCUUUGAGUCCAUCAGUCUGCGUACGAAGAUCGCGGUGGCUGUCGUUGGUAUUGUGUACGAAGAAUUCUGCUAUGUCUUGACUUUUGGCCCGUGGCUCGCGAGAUGGCUGAAGCUGGAUUAUUCGACGGCGGUCGACAUCGAUCACGAGAAUGACCGAUACACUGCUUUCACGAUCCUCGUGCUCGGCGAGUUCACAUACGCUAUCCUGGUGGGAUCUCCGGCCGCCGGAGCACUCACAUUGAAGACGUUGCGAGCCGUGGAGACUCUCAUCAUCGCAUUCUGCUUUAAUUCGAUGUACGUGUACUGCGAUGGUGCGACGGAGAGUGUACAUCCUAUUCGACGAGCGGUUUGGAGCUCAUUCAGUUGGCUUUUGAUCCAUUUGCCUCUGUCUGCCGGACUGAUGCUUGGAGGACACAUAUCGGCCGCAACAGUACCUGAAGAAAGAUUGAACUCAGGCCAGCGAUGGCUUUGGGGUGGUGGUCUUGGCUUGGGGACUUUCUGCCUCUUCCUUAUCGCUCUGCUGUACAAAGACGAUGACCCCAAAGGGUUUCUGAGGUUCUCAAAGCCUGUCCGACUCUUUCCUCGCCUGCUGGUUUCAAUCACCUUUGUCCUUCUACCGCUGACGUCGGAGGAGCAGCUUGAUGCUACCCACCUUGUGUCGGUGGGGGCUGGAUUGAUGGUUCUUGUAGUGGCGUGGGAGACGGUGGGAAGUCUCGAAAAGGAUGCGUGCCUGUUUGAAAGCUGGAAUCUGACAAGAGAUGACGCUGAUAGUUCAGAGGACGGUGAGGAGGUAGAGAUCCUCCGCGGUGAAACGACAGCUACCCGCGAGGGAGAGUCGGACGCACGGCCCGGACUGGAUCGUCACUAUGGGACCUACUGA